GUUGCAUACGGAUUACCAUCGACCUGUUUUUAUUUAUUUAAUUUUUUUUUUAGUUUGUUUUGUGUUUGCUGCUUUUUUUUCAUGUGCGUUUCCUGGGCUCGCCUGGCCGGCUGUUGAAAGAUGCCCCGUUCAUUUUUGGUGAAGCAGGUUAAGCUCGAUGAUUUCUCGUCAUCUGCAGUGGCCUCCAAUCACCACCACCACCAGCACCACCACCACCACCUGGACGACUCCUACACUUUCGCACGCUCCAUCACAGACUCUGUGGCCAGUCUGGGGGUCCGGCUGAGUGAAAAUGGCUACAUCAAGGACUACAUCACGCCGUCGGUCUACCAGAGCGAGAAACGCAUGGGGCUGAAGCUGACGCCGGUGGCGUCGGAGCCCCCCUACUCCCAGGCGAGCAGUGGAGGGGAGGAGUACUCCGACCACGACAUGGAGCACCCCGACAGCCCUCAGUCGGCCGCGACGGCCGGCGGCUUCUUCAGCGGCGAGGCGGAGGCCCUGACCGAGGGCUACACCAUGGACGCCUUCUUCAUCUCCGACGGGCGCUCGCGGAGGAAGGGCAAGGCAGACGGUCGCGGGGGAAGAGGAGGAGGAGGAGGAGGAGGCGGCGGGCGGGAGGGGAGCGUUGCCGCAGAGACGGGGGACCUGGGCGCCAGGCAGGGCAGGGGCCACGCGCGGCACACCUGUAGCGAGUGCGGCAAGACCUACGCCACCUCCUCCAACCUCAGCCGGCACAAGCAGACGCACCGAAGCCUGGACAGCAAGAUGGCGCGCAAGUGCCCCACCUGCGACAAGGUGUACGUGUCCAUGCCGGCGCUGGCCAUGCACAUCCUCACCCACGACCUCAAGCACAAGUGCGACGUGUGCAGCAAGGCCUUCAGCCGGCCCUGGCUCCUGCAGGGCCACAUGCGCUCGCACACCGGGGAGAAGCCCUUCGCCUGCGCCCACUGCGGGAAGGCCUUCGCCGACCGCUCCAACCUCCGCGCCCACAUGCAGACGCACUCCGCCUUCAAGCACUACCGCUGCAAGCGCUGCGACAAGACCUUCGCCCUCAAGUCCUACCUGAACAAGCACUACGAGUCGGCCUGCUUCAAGGGCUCUGCCGACGAAGACGACUCCUGCUCGGAGCACUAACCGGGCGGACAGCGCCGGCCCAACACCACCCUCCCCUCUUGGAAAAAAACCAUCUCUUGCUUCCCUUUUUUCAGAAAGCAAUAUUUUUACUGAGAUUACUUUACGAGAAAGGUAAUAAUUACAAUGACGCUGACAAUAAAGGGUGCUGGAUUUUUUUUUUCCUUGAACAAUUGCUAUGAAAGUACACACAGAUGCACAUACACAAACGAACAAACGAACAAACGA